AUGUCUAGUGACAAAUCGAAGUCUUCUUCCCAGACCGAUGGGAAGGGCGCUCAGAGCAAGAAGUCUGAGUUCGGAAUCACUCCCUACAAGAUGUUGGUGUUUGACCAGGAGAAUUUCCAGGGCCGCAUGAUCGAGAUCAGCAGCGAAGUGCUGAACAUCUGCGAACUGGGCAUGGAACGUGUGCGUUCGCUUCGUGUUGAAAACGGCCCCUUCGUGGGCUUUGAGCAGAUAAACCUCUGUGGUGAGAUGUACAUCCUGGAGAAGGGCGAGUAUCCUCGCUGGGAUUCCUGGAGUAACUGUCAGAAGAAUGACUACCUGCUGUCCUUCAGGCCUGUCAGAAUGGACCCUGAUAAGCACAAGAUCUGCCUGCACGAGAUGGGAGAGUUCAAGGGCCGAAAGAUGGAGAUCAUGGAUGAUGACGUCCCCAGUUUGUUCUCCUAUGGAUUCACCGACAGAGUGGGCAGCAUCAUUGUCAGCUGCGGAACCUUUGUGGGAUACCAGUUCCCUGGCUACCGCGGCAGCCAGUACCUACUGGAGAAGGGUGAAUACAGACACUUCAAUGAGUACGGCGCCCGCACACCUCAGCUGCAAUCCGUGCGUCGUAUCCGUGACAUGCAGUGGCACCAACAGGGCUGCUUCACAUUGACCAGCAAGUGA